CCGCCAUGUUGGCCGUGAGGGGAAGCGGCGGCCCGGACCCCGCUAAAAUGGAGGCGCGGAGCCCUCAGGGGGUGUAGGGGCUCCUUCCCCUCCCCGACCCCCUGCCCGGAGCCCAUGGAGCGGCUGUAGGGUCGGUGUUUGAGCAGCUCCUCACUGCCAGGAUGAGCUUCCCAAAUUCCACCCAACCUCCAGGAGCUGGGAAUUCCUGCAGGAUCACCCUGGGCCAAGCCAAUCAGGUGGUUCCCAAGCUGCCCCUGCUGAGGAUCCUGCAGGCUGCGGGUGCCCAGGGCGACUCCUUCACGCUCAAAGAGGUGAUGCAUUUCCUGGGCCAGUACAUCAUGGCCCGGCAGCUCUACGACAAGAGGCAGCAGCACCUGGUGCACUGCGGGGGAGAUCAGCUGGGAGAGCUGCUGGGACUGCAGAGCUUCUCUGUCAAGGACCCCAGCCCCGUGUACGAGAUGCUGAAGAGGAACCUGAGCCCUGCUGCCCUCCCAGAUGCUGCACAGACUCUCCCAAAGGAGCAGAGCGUCGCUAAGCCCAGCCCAGACCAGCUGCAGCUCAGCCAGGAGGAAGGAUCUGACUCUGGGAUCCUGGAGGGUGACAGCAAAACCUCAGCUCCUGCUACCUCAGAGUCCAAAUGUGACACUUGUGAAGACAGUGAUUUGAUAGAAAACCUCUCCAAAAGCAAAAAGCCCAAGCUGGACCUGGUUUUUGAGGAAUGGGAUGUGGCCGGGCUGCCGUGGUGGUUUUUAGGGAAUCUCAGAAGCAAUUACAAAUCCAGGAGUAACGGAUCCACGGAUAUUCAGACUAACCAGGACAUUGACACUGCCAUAGUUUCAGACACCACUGAUGACCUGUGGUUCCUCAACGAGUGCCCCCUGGACCAGAGCACUGCUGGGCUCAAGGUGGAAGUGCUGGACUGUGAGGAGGUCACAGAAGGUGACACCAAGGUGCCUGAGGAUGUGUGCUUGGAUGAGCUGGAGGAUUCCCAGUGCCUGAGUGAUGACACGGACACAGAGGCUGCUUCUGAGGAUUGCUGGCAAUGCUCCAAGUGCAGGAAAUUCAACUCUCCAGGCAAAAGGUACUGCUUCCGCUGCUGGGCCCUGCGCAAGGACUGGUACCGGGACUGCCCCAAACUGCCCCACUCCCUGUCCCUUUCCAACAUCAAUUCCAUGGAAAAUCAGGAGCAGGAUGAAGGGACUGACGUCCCAGACUGCAGGAGGACAAUCUCAGCCCCGGCUGGCCAACCCAGACAUCUUUUCCUGGGAGAAAACAAGCCCCACGUGGAUCCCAGCAGCUCCAUCGAGUCCUUGGAUUUGGCGCGGGAGGGGAAAAAUCGGGAUUUUGCCAAGCUGAAGAAAGAGGAGGAGAUGGAAUCUUUGGAGAGCAUCAAAACCCUGCUGAAUCCCUGCUUCCUGUGCCAGCACAGGCCUCGGGAUGGGAAUAUUGUCCACGGAAGGACUGCUCACCUGGUGGCCUGCUUCAGGUGUGCCAGGAUGCUGAAGAAGAAGAGAUCGCCGUGUCCCGUGUGCAGGAAGGAGAUCAAGAUGGUCAUCAGGAUCUUCAUGGGGUAGGGAGGCUUUCUGCCUCUAAAGUAAACCCAAAAUCUGGAUUUUUGCACUCAAACCUCUAUUACAGUGUGUGCAGGAGGGAGAUCACGAUGGUCAUCAGGAUCUUCAUAAAAUAACCCCAAAAUUUGGAUUUUUGCACUCAAACUCCCAUUAUGGUGUGUGCAGGGAGGAGAUCACGAUGGUCAUCAGGAUCUUCAUGGGGUAGCAGGACCUUCUAAUCCUAAAAUAAUCCCAAAAAGAGGAUUUCUGCACUCAAAUCCCAAUUUCAGUGUGUGCAGGAAGGAGAUCAGGAUGGCCCUCGGGAUCUUCAUGGCCUAGCAGGACCUUCUGCUAAAAUAACCCCAAAAAUAGGUUUUUUUGCACAAAAACCCCAGUUCCAGAGCUCGGUCUGGAGGAUCAAGAUGGUCAUCGGGAUCUUUAUGGGAUAGCAGGACCUUCUGCCCCUAAAAUAACCCCCAAAUGAAGAUUUUUGCACUCAAACCCCAAUUCCAGAGCUCAGCCAGUGAAACCAAAGAGUACCAAGAUUUAACUCCCACCAAGAAUCCUCUACAGAAUCCACUUUUCCAUGGAAAUCACCUCGAGAUCAAAACCCAGCUUGGAAAUUUUCCCAAUUUCCCAUCUUCAACCCGAUUUUAUCCCUUGGGAUUCUUUCUCCUGACCAAGAACAGCACAUUUGGGAAAAAUUGAAACCUGUGGUUUUUUUCCAUAAAUCCUGACUUGUGCAAUUCCUUUGGAGCCGAGAGUUAAAAACAGAAAUAAAUAUUUAUGGUUGGAGGGCAGGGGAUUUGUUUUGGAGAGAAGAAAAAGAACUUUAUUCCUAAUUGUUUUAUUGUUUAAGGUCGGCAGGGUGAAGAAUUCCUUGCUCGCAGAUGGGAAAUAAAUCCAAGUUUUUAAUCCACACCUCUCAGGUCACAAAUGAGAUGGAAAAAUAAUAAUAGUGUUAUAUUUUUC